CCAUAUCAGUGGCAUCCGAGCCAACGUUCAUAAGGACCUGUGAAGAUGGAUUUUUCAAAGGUUGCUCCUCCGAUCUUUGAUGGAGAAGACUAUGAUCUUUGGGCGGUGAGAAUGGAGGCAUUCUUAGAUGCUCUAGAUCUAUCGGAAACUGUGGAGGAUGAUUACGAUGUUUCUUCGUUACCAAAAGAUCCCACAGCAGAACAGAUGAAAACUCAUAAAGAAAGAAAAACCAAGAGGGCAAAGGCAAAGACUUGUUUGUUUGCAAGUGUCUCACAAACCGUCUUUAUUAAAAUCAUGACUCUCAAAACACCAAAAGAAAUUUGGGAUUACCUAAAAGAAGAAUAUAAAGGAGAUGAAAGGAUUCGAAGCAUGCAAGUUAUGAAUUUAUUGAGAGAGUUCGAGUUGCAAAGAAUGAAGGAGGAUGAAACAAUCAAGACAUACGCUGAUAAAUUAUUGGGUAUUGCUAAUAAGGUACGAUUACUAGGCACUCAAUUUUCUGAUUCCAGAAUUGUGGAAAAACUCCUUGUAACGGUACCUGAAAGAUAUGAAGCCUCUAUAGCCGCCUUGGAGAACACAAAAGAUUUGAGUAAAAUCACUCUGCCAGAAGUGUUACAUGCAUUGCAUGCACAAGAACAAAGAAGACUUAUGAGGGAAGAAAGAACUAUAGAUGGUAUAUGUCUAGCAAAAGGUUUUGGAAAGAAAUACCAACACAAACCAUGUCCUCAUUGCAAAAAGGAUAAUCACUCACCAAAGAAUUGUUGGUGGAGGCCUGAUGCAAAAUGUGAAAAAUGUGGUAAAUUAGGUCAUAUGAUGAAGGUAUGCACAUCACAACAACAACAAGGAGAUGUUAACAUUGCUCAUGAACAAUAUGAAGAAGACCAUGAACUAUUACUUGCAAUCUCAGGUUUUACAACCACAAACCGUCAAAAGAAUGGCUCAUUGACAGUGGUUGCACAAACCAUAUGA